AUGGGUCCCCAAAGAAGGAUCCUGAAGUCUAAAUAUGGUGGCAGAACCCCUGAGACCUUAACUCACUCCUCUGACAGGGAGUCCACCCUGACCAUCCUGCAGGUCCUCGGAGAUCUGCUCUCCGUUGGCACAGACCGGAGGAUUUGCUACGUGAUCAGCAAGGGUGGUAGCGAAGCCCUUCUGCAGACCCUGGUGGACACAGCCAGGACGGCUUCUCCAGACUAUGAUAUCCUCUUGCCCCUCUUCCGGCUGCUGGCCAAAGUUGGCCUACGAGAUAAAAAGUUUGGACAGAAGGCACUGGAAUUUGAAGCACUUGAUGUGACAUUGAUUCUGGCGAGGAAAAACCUGUCUCACAGCCAGAACCUUCUCCACUGUCUCUGGGCUCUGCGUGUCUUUGCCUUUAGUGUCACCACAGGAGCCAUGCUGGGAAUUAAUGGAGCGAUGGAACUGCUUCUCAAGGUCAUCACCCCUUAUACCCAGAAGCGCACCCGAGUAAUCAGGGCAGCCACUGAAGUUCUGGCAGCAUUGCUGAAAUCCAAGUCUAACAGCCGCAGGGCAGUGAACAGAGGCUAUGUCGCCAUCUUGCUCCGGCUGCAUCAGGACUGGCACAGCCAUGACACGACCAAUUCCUACGUGCUGAUCCGCAGGGCGCUUCUGCUUUGCCUCAGGCAUAUUGCCAACCUCCGGUCUGGCAGGGAGGCCUUCCGGGCAGCUCAGGGCAUGGAGAUCCUUUUCAGCACCACACAGAACUGCCUGGAUGACAAAAGUCUGGAGCCUGUCAUCUCCCUUGUGCUUCAGAUCCUGAGGCAAUGCUACCCUAAGAGUCCACUUCCCUUGGUCACAGCCAGCAGUGCUUACUCCUUCCCAGCGCCUGGGAGCACCGCCUCUGAACCUCCACAUGUUCUAACUGAAGAAGAUUUUGAAGAUGAUGGCGAGGAAGAAGAGGACAAAGACUCAGAUUCUGAAGUUGUGAAAAAGGAAGAUGAUGACUUGGAAACAGAUGUGAACAAGCUGAGCUCCAAACCUGGUCUUGAUCGACCUGAAGAGGAACUGAUGCAAUAUGAGGCGAUGUGUCUUGAGCUCUCCUGCAGUUUUGAGGAACUGGAGUCCAAACCUGGAGAUGGUUUGAACUUUGACAAGACUCAGUAUGCCAGUCACCACCACAUUCUGACUGCUGCCUCCCCAAAAGGGCUUUGCUUGAAUAAGGACCAAAUCUCCUGGGGACAAGAAAGAGAAGUCCCUGUCCAGACCUCCCUUCUGAGCAGAGUGAAGAUGGGGAGGUCCAACAUACAUCUAACCUCCAAAAAAGGACCUGGAAUGAACCCAUCCCGAAAUGCACAAUCCAAUGGUCUUGGGAUAGGUUCUUCUGGAAGUGAAAUCUCAGGCAUUCAGGCGUCCUUCAAAGAGGAUGCUUGGGACAUCGAUGCGAUUUCCUGCCCAAGGAUAAGUGCCUCCUUUUCCAAUUCCACUAGACCCAGAGAAACUGCUGAAUUAAUAGAUAAGCUCCUGCAGACACAUCCGACGCAUAUCGCCUUCCAUGACCCCUAUCUUUAUAUGGCCAAAGCUAGAAGAACCAGAUCUGUGUCUGACUUUACAAUGACAGCAUUUCCUGAUUUCUGGGGGCAUUGUCCACCUCCCUCUGCCCAGUCCAUGUUGGAACGUAAAUGUGGAGUCCAAAGGAUCAAAAUAUUUGAGGAUGUCCGGAGGCUCAUCCAGCCAAGCGAUAUUAUAAAUAAAGUUGUCUUCAGUCUAGACGAGCCUUGGCCUUUGCAAGACACCACUUCUGACUGCUUACGGUUCUUCUCCAAGUUUGAGUCUGGAAAUCUUCGCAAAGCCAUCCAAGUGCGUGAGUUGGAGUACGACUUACUGAUCAAUGCUGAUGUGAAUAGCACACAGCACCAGCAGUGGUUCUACUUCAAGGUGAGCGGUAUGAGGGAGGCGGUCCCUUAUCGCUUCAACAUUAUCAACUGUGAGAAGGCCAACAGCCAGUUCAAUUACGGGAUGCAGCCAACUCUGUAUUCUGUGAAGGAGGCUCUUCUUGGCAGACCUGCCUGGGUACGGACAGGCUAUGAAAUCUGUUAUUACAAAAAUCAUUAUCGCCAGAGCGCAGCCAUCACAGGGGCAGAGUCUGGGAAGUGCUAUUACACCCUCACCUUUGCCGUCACCUUCCCGCAUGCCGAGGAUGUCUGCUACCUGGCCUACCACUAUCCCUACACCUACACUGCCCUCAUGACUCACCUUGACGUUCUGGAAAAAAGCGUGAACCCCAAGCAGGUCUACUUCCGUCAGGAGGUUCUCUGCCAGACGCUAGGAGGGAAUUCAUGUCCAUUGGUGACCAUCACUGCCAUGCCCGAGUCUAACAGCGCUGGCCACCUGGAGCAGCUCCGGCAGCGCCCAUACCAGGUGAUUACUGCUCGAGUUCACCCAGGAGAGAGCAAUGCCAGCUGGGUGAUGAAGGGGACCUUGGAGUUCCUGGUCAGCAGUGACCCUGUGGCUAGGCUCUUGAGGGAAAACUUCAUUUUCAAGAUCAUCCCCAUGCUCAACCCAGAUGGUGUCAUCAAUGGCAACCACAGAUGCUCACUGAGAGGAGGGGAUUUGAACAGACAGUGGCUCUCUCCCAGUGCCCAUCUGCAGCCCACAAUUUACCACGCCAAAGGGCUCCUGCACUACCUGGGCAGCAUCGGCCGGCGUCCCAUGGUCUUCUGUGAUUUCCAUGGUCACUCCCAAAAGAGGAAUGUGUUCCUUUACGGUUGUAGCAUCAAAGAGACUUUGUGGCAGGCAGAGUCUGCUGUGGGCACAUCCAAUCUCUUGGAAGAUGUCAGCUACAGGACUCUUCCCAAAAUCCUUGAUAAGCUAGCACCAGCAUUCACCUUAAGCAGCUGCAGCUUCCUCGUGGAGAAAUCCCGAGCCUCCACAGCACGGGUAGUGGUGUGGAGAGAGAUGGGAGUGUCCAGAAGCUACACCAUGGAGAGCAGCUACUGUGGCUGCAACCAGGGCCCCUAUCAGGGUCUACAGUUUGGUACCAGUGAACUGGAGGAGAUGGGAUCUAUGUUCUGCUUGGGCCUCCUCAUCUUGGAACUCAAAUCUGUAAGCUGCAGCCAUCAGCUGCUGACCUGUGCAGCAGCUCUACUGAAUGCUGAGGAGUCAUCUCUGGACCACCACCUCCAGCGAUGUAGCAGCAACAGCAGCAUCACUUCAGAACUGGAUGAUGAGCCUCCCUGCCUGGAGGAGAUUGACUAUGGUACCGACAGCAGCUCGGACCAGGAAGGGAGCUUCUCCGAGCUGGACCGGCAGAUCCAGGAAUGCGCUUUCCACAGGGAUGAAGGAGAGGAAGAAGAGGAGGGACCAGGGCAGGGAAGAAAAGCCAUCCCAUAA